UGCAGAGUGUGAGAGUAGAUUUAUAUCGAAUAUGCAGAAAUCAGAGGUAGGAAUUUGCUAAAAACUGGUUACAAUGUGACAUUUGCCACGCCCUCUUCCAUCAUCUCUCUACUGAUUGGGUAUAAUAAUGUUAUGAAAUUUUUCUGCAUUUAAAUACAGAUUAGUGGAGAAAGUCUUCUUAAACGAUUUAAAAUCUGAAAAUACGGGAAAGUAUCGGUUCAUAUGCUUGUACCCGUCACGGAAUCUGUUGGUUAAGGUUCGUAUCCCGCCGCUCGUAAAAGACCAACGGAUCCUUCACCAGGAACCGGAUCGGAUCCGGCAACCGUAUCCGAAAAUGUUAUCCGUAUCGAGGAAUCAACUGGAACAGUAUCGGAAGCGGAUGGGCGGAUACGAAGUCAGAUUCCCAUUGCAGGAAAACAUUGGAAAAUCAUUGAUCCCGUCGGUUCCGGUCGUACAGCUUUGACAUGGGUAACGAUCUUGAAUAAUAUACUAUUCAGGUGGGUAUGGAUGAAUUGA